AUGGAGGCGCGCGGGGAGCUGGGCCCCGGCCGCGAGCAGGCGGGCGGCGACCUGCUGCUGGCGCUGCUGGCGCGGAGGGAGGACCUGCGCCGAGAGAUCCCGCUGUGUGCCGGCUGUGACCAGCACAUCCUGGACCGCUUCAUCCUCAAGGCUUUGGACCGCCACUGGCACAGCAAGUGUCUGAGGUGCAGCGACUGCCACGCGCCGCUGGCCGAGCGCUGCUUCAGCCGGGGAGAGAGCGUCUACUGCAAGGACGACUUCUUCAAGCGGUUCGGGACCAAGUGCGCCGCGUGCCAGCUGGGCAUCCCGCCCACGCAGGUGGUGCGCCGCGCCCAGGACUUCGUGUACCACCUGCACUGCUUCGCCUGCGUCGUGUGCAAGCGGCAGCUGGCCACGGGCGACGAGUUCUACCUCAUGGAAGACAGCCGGCUUGUGUGCAAGGCGGAUUACGAGACAGCCAAGCAGCGCGAGGCGGAGGCCACGGCCAAGCGGCCGCGCACGACCAUCACAGCCAAGCAGCUGGAGACGCUGAAGAGCGCCUACAACACGUCGCCCAAACCCGCGCGACACGUGCGGGAGCAGCUGUCGUCCGAGACCGGCCUGGACAUGCGCGUGGUGCAGGUGUGGUUCCAGAACCGCCGCGCCAAGGAGAAGAGGCUCAAGAAGGACGCCGGCCGGCAGCGCUGGGGCCCGUACUUCCGCCACAUGAAGCGCGCCCGCGGCGGCUCCAAGUCCGACAAGGACAGCGUCCAGGAGGAGGGGCAGGACAGCGACGCCGACGCCGCCUUCACCGAUGAGCCUUCCAUGGGCGACAUGGGCCCUGCCGGCGGCCUCUACAGCAGCCUGGGGGAGCCCACCCCCGCCCUGGGCAGGCCCGCCGGAGCCCCUGGCAGCUUUCCGCUGGAGCACGGAGGCCUGGCCGGCCCGGAGCAGUUCCGCGAGCUGCGGCCUGGCAGCCCUUACGCUGUCCCCCCGUCCCCAGCUGCCCUGCCGAGCCUCCCUGGCCCCCAGCCCCUUCUCUCCAGCUUAGUAUACCCGGAUGCCGGCUUGGGCCUGGUGUCCGCAGGGGCCCCCGGCGGGCCCCCGCCCAUGAGGGUGCUGGCAGGAAACGGACCCAGCUCUGACCUGUCCACGGGGAGCAGCGGGGGCUACCCCGACUUCCCCGCCAGCCCCGCCUCCUGGCUGGACGACGUGGACCAUGCGCAGUUCUGA